AUGGCCCAGCGAGGUGCCGCCUCCCGCACUGUUCGCCAGGUCAACGUCACAUGGCUCCGAGUUCCUGGUGCAUGGCCUUUGGCUGCGCGAUGCGUGCCGCGACGUGCCUUGCCUGUCCAGUUUGAACUCCUGUGCGUAUCCCUCUUCAGUGCCGAGGCUUACUUUGUGUCCGACGUUCAAGGUAGGCGCGCGGUAAGCGGCGUGCGCACAGACGGGCUCGUCAAGGAAGCCAGGGUGAUGGAUGGCAGUCUGGUCGGGCAAUGGAAAAAUGUGGGAUGGUGGCAGUCUGGUCUUGUGAGAGUCGGAGAAGGACGAGCCGCCCUCCAGCUUCCCGAGCCACUUCUGGGUGAGCUGCAUCCGCGGAAGGCGCCUCAGACCAGCCAGCCGAUCUACUUAGCCAUGCAGUGUGUACAUAUAACAUACGUACAAGCCCUUGCUGCGUAA